CCCUCCCCCUCUUAACUUAAUUUGGGAAAAAUUGAUUGACCAAUAUGGAUAUAUGUAAAAUCGAUUUUGGAUAAACAAAACUUGCAGCAAUUUUAACCCCCCACCCCCAAACUAUUUGAUUUAAGUUUUUUUAUCCUACAUUGAUCUUUUGAUGUCAUCCCUAAGAAUGAAAAUAAAGUUAAAAUUUUAAUCGGCUAACCUCGGGGGACUCCGCUUCUCUCAGUCUAUAGUGUUAGAUGGAGGUACGGAAUCGGCCGAGUUGUGACGAACGAUUUCUGAUCCUGUUUGGGUAGCGAGAUUUCAGCGAGAUCACAACAUCAUUGCCGCCAUAUUUGAAAGAAAUUUUCCAAACGGCUUUCUAAUGAAUUUAUGCCAUGAAGCGUGUAAAAGUUACUACAUUUAAACAGUUAGAGUCUGCUGAUCAUGUUGAAGAUAGUGACACCGAAUUUGAAGAUGACUACAUUGAUGUUAGAAAUGCAAAGCGCAAAAUAGCCAGGAAACGUGAAAAAACAUCAAAUGUAUUAAAAGAUAAGGAGACAGACUUCAAUGUUAUUUGCAACCUUGUGAAUUCGCCAUGCUGUGAGAAAAAAUGUUUAAGCACCAGUAAUGUUCAGACAAUUCAGACCUGUAGAGCUAUGUUCUAUAAAAAGACACAAGAAGAACAGUCAGAUUUCAUUGAAAGAAACAUAAGGUGCAAUGAUGCCAGUUUAGAAGACAAACAGUUGACUUUUGUGCUGACUGGUAGGAGAGUAUGUGAAUAUGCAUGGAGGAUUGUGUAUGGCAUAAAAAGGAGGAGGUAUUACUACAUGAAAAAGAAAUGUAGGUCUACUAAUGAAGAUUUAGACAAUUCUGACAAAAGAUGUAGCCAACAAUACAAGAGUCGCCAGUACCUUGAAGCAAAGAGUUUUGUUACAGGUCUAUGCAAGAGAUAUGGUGAUGAUCAGCCUGAUAUUCUGGAAAUACAUUUGCCAUCAUGUCUCUCUAUACUACAAGUUUGGACAGAUUACAAAUCUUCCUGUGAGAAUUUAGGAUCACCCUAUUUAUCAUACCAGAGGUUCUAUGGAAUGUGGAUUGAAGAGUUUCCUCAUGUUAAGAUUCCAAAGUAUCAGAAGCUCAGCAAAUGUAAUGAGUGCGUAAUCUUUAAAGAGACCAUCAGCAAAAAACUGACAAAGAUCGAUUUGGGAGAGCUGAAGGACAAGAGAAGAGCACACUUGCUUCUUCAAGAAAUCUGCAGGGAAAAAUAUUAUAAACACAUAAAGAAAUCCAAAGAACAUCCAAGCAUGUACACUUCUGUUAUCAUUGACAAUAUGGAUCAGUCCAAAACCAAUCUACCAAGGUUUCCAUUACAUUUUAAGAAUGAAACAACACUUGAAAAAAUGCACCACCAUGUUACAGGUGUUUUAUGUCAUGGAUUAAAUAAGGCAUACACAUUUACAUGGACAGAUCAGUUUUCCUCUGAUUGUAAUAUCACAUUGAAUUGUUUGAUGUCUGGGCGAUGUAGCAACAGUAAGUAUCUAUUAUCAAGUUUAAAGUGA